AUUAGCUCCUUUAGCCAGUGAGGAGGCGGGGGCGGGGCCAAGUCCUGGCUCGUCUGUUGCGUCGACGAGGCGAAUUCAUUUCCUAUCGGUGUGAGUCGGAGCGAAGACAAGCUGUGGACAUGUCUGCCACGAAGGACCAGCAAGAAGUUGCUCAUGACAGCAGACCAUCAACAGACAGGACGGCCUGCACAGAAAACCUAACGGAGACCGAUGCCUUUGUCAGAAGGUCCUUAGAUAUAGAUCUAGAAGAGGAGUACAAUAUGAACAACAAACGACGGGGCGUCGCCCUCAUCUUUAACCAGGAGCACUUCUACUGGCAUCUCAAGAUGCCUCCGAGAUCUGGAAGCGAUGCCGACUGCCGCAAUCUAAAGAACAGACUGACAAACCUUGGUUUUGAAGCGAAGGCUUUUGAUAAUUUAAAACAAGACGAAGUAUUGAAUAUAAUCACACAAGCUGCAGAAGCAGAUCAUUCCAACGCCGACUGCUUUUUACUUGUCUUUCUGAGCCACGGUGAAGACGAUCAUGUUUACACCUACGAUGGCAAAAUCAGCAUCAAGGACAUCACCGACAAGUUCAAAGGAACCAAGUGCAAAAGCCUUGUAGGAAAACCAAAAAUCUUUAUAUGGCAGGCUUGUCGUGGAGAUCAACAUGAUGAACCAGUCACACCCUGUGAUGCUGUGGACAACGUGAUAAAUGAGGUGGUGGUGGAUGCCAGAGCUGUGUACACGCUCCCCGCGGGAGCUGAUUUCAUCAUGUGCUACUCGGUCGCUGAAGGUUACUAUUCCCACCGGGAAACCAUCAAUGGCUCCUGGUACAUCCAGGACCUGUGUGAGCUGCUUCAGAAGUGCGGAGAUUCCGUUGAAUUCACACACUUACUGACCCUGGUGAACAAAUUAGUGUCCAUGAGGAGCGUUGGGGUGUGUAGAGAUCCAUUGGCCAUUGGGAAGAAGCAAGUACCCUGCUUUGCUUCGAUGCUCACCAAGAAACUCUACUUCCGUCCAAAAAAGUAGCAGUUAUCACCUUCAUUAAAUGAGAUGGUGUGUGGUAUCUGCUGGGAAGUUGGUGUUCUAAAACAGACUUCAUAAAAAUUUAUUGGUUUGUCUAUUCUUUUUAAUGUUUGAUGUUGUGCUGUGAUUCUCUACAUGUCGGAUUAUCAAGGACUACAUCAUGUGUUGCCUACGUUUAAUCCCUAUAUUACAACGUAGAACAUCUGAGGUACUUUAUUCAUUUUUCUUUCUGAACAUGCCAAUGAGACCAAAUAUCGUCUUAUCAUAAGCCAGCAAAGAUAUACUUGGUUUAAUAGCUUUGAAAUUGUGCAAGUGAGAUGAUGCUGGAAACUAUUUCUACUGAAUAUGCUGUCACGUCUAUGUCUUUCUCUUGGUCUUCAAGCACAAAUCAGUGUUUCUGCAGGUCUUAGUGCUGUAGCAGUUUAUGGUACUAAACUGAUUAUUGCAGCCGUAGCACUAACCAUCAGGUCCUGUACCUCAGGGAGAACGUGUCCUUUGAAACGUGCUGUGGAUGUGAAACACUUUUUGCUUUGUCCCAAAAUCUGACUCAGGUGAAAGAAAGAUACACCAGCAAAAUGAUCUUUUACCUAUGUGAUAUUACUGUCAUCAUGACAGACUGUACACAACAUUAUAUGGGACCAUGUUUGGUUUGUUUCCUAAUGGUGAUUCUUUAAUAAAACCUGUGCAAAAACC